UUCUUUUUACCAAAAUGUUAACACUUCUCUUCAGAUGACAUUACAAUCAUAAACUCAGGCGUAUUAAAAACCUCAAAACAAGCCUAAGGACAAAUAAUACAUUAUUAAUACAACACCACAGGGUUUCGGAGCUGCUGAUUAAGUCAAUUCCAUGACUUUUAUAAAUAUUUUCAAAACGUGUUAAAAUUAUGUUCAAAAAUUUGAAAAAAAUUAUUUAUUGAUCCAUACUUGCAAUAGAAAUGUAUUUUAGCAGCCAGAUUUUAUUCACAAAUUCAUUUGCUGUAAAAUCGUUUUAGGUGUCGGAAAGGAAAAUAUAUCUAAAGAGGUAAAAAAAAAUGUAUAUAAGUGGUGUCAGACUAUUUGAGAAGUAUAAAAUUAUAAGUAAAAAGCAACAAGUAAAGCAGAAAUUUUCUUGGAAUAUAUUUUCUAGCCUUCCGCAAUCCCUAGUGUUUCUUCUUCACUUAUGAGAAACCAAACUCAUAGGUAUCUGUAUUUUUUAGUUGAGAUGCUGAAACCGGGAUUGACUGUUACACCAAAGUGCGUUUUGACAACAGGACGAGAUGUUGUGUUUAUUUCUGAGAUUUGAAUUAGUUUCUCUGUUGCGUUGCAUUUUCCUUGCGUUGCAUUUUUAGUAAUAUCACUUUGUGCUUUUAGAUUAUCUCAACAUGAGCGUCAAAAUAGAAAUGGAAAGUCCAAACCAGUUAAAGAAUGAUGAUUCCGGUAAAGAAUAUUUCCUCGAGACAUCCAAAGAGGAUUCAAUAUUUUUUAAGAAAGCAACUGAAUACGAGGAUUCUUUCACUGUUCAUGGCUUAAGCAAAAUCUUCAAAGGAAACACAGUAGAGCGAAUAGUUUGGUUGAUAGCACUUAUUGGUGGAUUAGCAUGCGUAGGUUUUGUUGUUAAUCAGUUAGUUGGAAAAUACAGGAGCAAACAAACAUUCAUUGCAAUAAGAAAAGAAAUUGCACAUAAAAAUUAUUUUCCAUCUCUAACAAUCUGCCUGGAAAGAUAUGAACAAGACACAUACUGUAGUGCACCUGUAGGUACAGACCUUGUGCGUUUUUUAAACUGCAAUUGGAAAGGAAAGUACCCCGACACUCAUAUUUAUUUGUCCGGUGCUUUUCGGUAUACGACUUGGCAAAACAGUGAUUUUUCGGUCACGUGUACGAGCAAUGAAAAGUGUGGUCAGAAUGAAUUUAACCCAUCUGUCAUAAAAACAGCAAAUUAUUCCCGUGCUACCUGUGUGACCUGGAAUUAUGAUGGAAAGCAUUACAACACAGGGAAUAAGGUACAACUCAAAGUAAAACCUUUAAGAAGAAGAAAUUUACCUUUCAAUAUUGAAGUUAUCAUUCACCAACAUGAUGAUUUUCCCUUUAUCAUGAACACUGGCAUUAUAAAACUUUCAUCAACACAGGAUUACCAAAUCAGAAUCCAAAAGAACCAAAUAAAAAGACUCCCAGCACCGUUUCCUUCCAACUGUUCGAAAGGCCUGCAGGAGAGGAUAUUUCCAGGAAAGUAUAGUAUCUCCUCCUGUCUAAACACAAUUAAAUGCAUGAAAGCACUCAAAUUAUGCAAUGGAACCUACGAUUAUUGCCGUGAUUUUAUAGAUGAAGAAACGUACCAAAAAUAUAGGAGGAAUAGCUCGCAUGGUAAUGUAUUUUUGUGCCUUUUGAACAAUUCGGAAAAGGUUAUAGCAAAUGUUUCUGAUUGUCAGCUGCCAUGCGAAGAAAUAAAUUACGACAUUUCCACAACAAGUUACAAUGCCAACAUGAAAAAAUCAUCUGUUACUUUCUCGUUGGAAAAUCAGCAUCCCAAUAUCUUGACACAUGUCCUUGAAAAUGAAAUGUAUUCAUGGGAGAGCUUGUUGGCAGAAUCAGGAGGAUUUAUUGGAUUAAUGGCGGGAAUGUCCGUGUUAUCCUUAGUGGAAAUAAUGAUUUAUGGGUUUUUGCUUAUGAUGCAUAAAUGUGCGAAGUUAGUACGAUCUAAGCGUCAUUAAAAAAGAUACAAAAAGAAGAGAUCAACUUUUACUAAACUUAAGGUGGCAGUAAACCUUUUAAAAUUAAAAAAAAACUCUAUCUAGUUUCUCAACGACGCAUAAAAUAGCUGAGAUAUCACAUUUUUAUGUUUCAUUUACUAAAGGAGCUAACACAUACCGAGAGAAAAUUGUUUAGGGAUCCAUAUAGAGGAAGGGAUUCUAGAAUAUAAACACUGACCAAAAAUUUGUUGCUUUCUUGAUUCUGUAAAAGCCAAAAGCUCUGUAUAAAGCACUUUAUUGCUAUAAAAAUGUUUAUGAUUUCGUAUGUAAAUUAGCCUGUUUCCAGAAAGGACCCACUAUUUCGAAAGUGUGGGUCCUUUCAAGAGAUGUAUUUAACGAAAUUUCAGCAGUCAUAUAGAAAGCAUGAAAAUGUUCUUAUUUCACAGAUGAACCUUGCAAGUUGUAUUAUUUUAGUUUUUAGGACGUCUGGUAGUAAGUGCAGUGUACUUACACAAACGUUAACGUACCCUUUAAACAAGUAACGUAUCUACAAUCUUAGACCAAAGUAUUGAGAAAAAUACAGUUAGACGUCAUUUUCAAAUAUGGACAAAAGCGUCAAACAGUAUGCAGCUGGCACGCUGCAAAGUCUCCACCUUUUCGCGCCAGUACAGUCCAGCAAUACAGCAAUACAGUCCUUGCCGAGAUCCGCCAAGGCUCCGAAAUUACUAGAGAAAGUAAAUGCUGACUUAAGCAACAAUUAUCACAUUUCAAGAUCACACGAUCCUGCUUUCUUACGAUUUUUAUUCCGCAUUAAGCAUUGACAAGUUUAAAAUGCGUGAAUCUAAUAUAGAAUUAACCUAUAGAAUUAACCUAUAUUACUUGUGGUGGCGAACUUCGAACUUGAACUGUCUUAUCUCAACUUAUUUUGACUGAGAUUGUAGUUGCUCUUUUGAGUAUAUUUCAGCAAAAUAACUAACAACUCGAAAAUGUGCUUUGAUUCGCGAUUUUGCUUACAGCAACACUUUGCAUAUUCUCCUAACAAUUGAUUUCACAUUAACGUAAUUUCAUUUCUUCCGUUUUAUAUCGAGGAUUUUAACAAUCUUUGCGGUUAGUUCUGACGAAAUAAACGAAAUAGAACAACAGAAAUUACAUUCUCCUUGUUUUUUUGAAGCAUAAAUCCUACAAGUAUAUUCAGGCUAAGAUAGAAGAAUUUUCUGAGCACAUGCUAAGCAUAUUAGCCGGCUUUAGUGAAUCCUUCUGAUGCGUUUUUCUUGUGUAAUGAGUAUUUUAAUUCGUCACAGAUUUUUUAAUUCUGAUACACACAAGACUUAAUAAACACCACGAAACUGUCUAUACUUGACUUGUGCAAUGAUACCUUUAAUUUUGUUUUUGUUUUUUUGGCUGAAAACGGGGUUAUUUGUCUUAAUGCACAAAGCAACGUUUAAAUUUUGCAUUUUUUUGGAAGUAAGCAAAACAUAAGCAUACUCUAAGCUUGACUGUAUUUUUCGCAUAAGUAUACCCAGUCGGAUUUUGCAUUUUCAUUUGCUCUUUUGUUGGCAGUAAAUUUUUUUUAUCUGUACUUAAGACACCAACAAAUGAGUCAUUUGAUACCCUAGCUUCAAGGUAAGAAAGUGACUAGUAGCGAGUUAGUAAGUCACAUUUUGCUAGCUUGAGAUAAAUGGCUCACUGGAUAAUCAUUCUCACUUUAUUUUAGGGAUUUUAAAAGAUAACAAUGGUGCUGAUAGAGAUCUGAAACAUUGCCAACGUUUAAAAUUAUAAAACACCUGUAUGAGCUAUUGUGAACAUAUCAAUAUCAGAGCACUGGUAGCUACGCAAUAUUAUAUAUGUUCUUCCUGACCCGUCCUUAGUUUUGACCUAGGAUGAUAGAAACCUAAAUCUUUCUGAAAGAGCAACCAUUGGAUAUCCCGCGCCCUGAAAACGUGCAGCCCAGUGUUUUGCCACGUUUUGUAAUAAGUGGCUGAUUCUGUAACACAUGCUGAUUUUCGUCAUAAAAACGGCUUACUUUGUAGUGCCUGCCGCGUUUUGAAUUAAAAACAGCUCAUUCUGUAAAAAAGCUACCUGUUGGUUAAUGAGCUGGUGAAAUCAAAUGACUGUUCAUUUUUGUGCAAAAAUUCACAUCUCUGGUGAAUGUUAUGC